AAUGGUGUAUAGACGAUUGUAUGCGCGUAUAUUAUAUAAGUAUGUAUAUAAUCUGGUGUUAAUACGUUAUGUACAAUAUAUACCGCGGUUAUGUUAUGCAAAUAUUGCGGAGGUCCGUCCUUACGAAUGCUAUACAUUGUACCACGUCCUGUGACCCCUGUAAGGUAUAUACAACUCGUAACCUGCAGCUGCAGUCAGUCGUUCGCGAGGCAACCGACGACAACGACGAUCGUGCAGCCGGUGCUAUACAUAAUAUAAUAUUAUCGUGCCACAAUUUUGCUGUCUAUCCGGUGUCGUUGUUUGCUCAACUGGAAAGUGUACACCAAUAAUAUUGAGCCCGUAACAUAACAAAAUAUUUCAAUAUACCUAGUCUCAAGUCCAGCGAAUAAGGAUAGAUGUCGAACCUCCGCCACGUGACCGACGUGGUCCUUGCCAUCGUUGUCACUGCGUGGAUAUCCGCCUCAGCAAUCGCAGGGGCGGCAUCAGCCGACAUCCACAGAUACGAGCCUGACUGGACCAGCUUGGAUGCCAGACCGUUGCCUGCGUGGUACGACCAAGCCAAGUUCGGCGUGUUCAUCCACUGGGGCGUGUACUCAGUGCCAGCGUUUGGCAGCGAAUGGUUUUGGUUGAACUGGAGAGGUAGAAAGGGCGCAAACUAUGUAAAUUUUAUGACAAAAAAUUACAAACCGGGUUUCACGUACCAAGAAUUUGGUCCCCAGUUCACCGCGGAGUUCUUCGACCCUAUGCAAUGGGCCAGUAUCAUCAAGGACUCCGGUGCAAAAUACGUAGUAUUGACCACUAAACACCACGAAGGUUACACAUUGUGGCCUUCGAAAACAUCAUUCGGAUGGAACUCUGUAGACGUCGGACCUCAUAGAGAUCUAGUAGGUGACUUGAGUAGAGCCAUAAGAAGUUUAAACAAGACUCGGUUUGGGGUGUACCAUUCGUUAUACGAAUGGUUUAACCCACUUUGGUUACAGGACAAACAAUCAAAUUUGACCACCAACACUUUUGUGACCGAGAAAGUUCUCCCAGAACUUUACGAAUUGGUGAACCAUUACAAACCGGAAAUCAUAUGGUCGGAUGGCGAAUGGGAAGCGCCGGACACUUACUGGGAUUCGUUGAACUUCCUCGCUUGGCUCUACAACGACAGUCCUGUCAAAGACACAAUAGUGGUAAAUGAUCGAUGGGGUGGCAAUACACUAUGCAAGCAUGGUGGAUUUAUGACCUGUGCAGAUAGAUAUCAACCAGGGAAGGUAAUUGGUCGAAAAUGGGAGAACGCUAUGACAAUCGAUAAGUAUUCGUGGGGCUACAGGAGGAAUGCUCGAGCAUUAGAUGUAUACUCAAUACAGAAUUUAAUCACCCAAUUAGUUGAAACAGUAAGCUUUGGAGGUAAUUUGUUACUAAACAUUAGUCCUACUAGUGAUGGCAUGAUACCGCCAUUACACGAAGAACGUUUGCUACAAAUUGGCCAAUGGUUGUCGGUUAAUGGGGAAUCUAUUUUUGACACCAAUCCCUGGUUGGCAUGUCAAAAUGAUACACAACAUCCGCAUUUAUGGUAUACGCGAGGGAAAAAUACUUCGACAAUUUAUCCGAUAGUUUUGCAAUGGCCUGAUGGUAAUUUACUCAACUCUGCGUGUCUGGAUAAAUUAAAUAUUGAGUCUAUUGUUAUGCUGGACACACAAAGUAAACUCAAGUGGGUUCAAAAGGCAGAAGGCGGUUUGAUGAUUAAGCUAGAAGAUAAAUCGAAAACCAAAACUAACUGGGGCUGGGCUCUACGGGUGACUUUAAAUGUUUAAUAAAUGUUUUUUCGAGAACUGUAUCCUUUCAUUUGUACAAGUAAUAUUUCAUAAGAAACAAUUGUGCCAAACAUCUAUAACAAAAAUAUAUAUUUAACAGUUAUACACUGAAA